GAGCACAAAAGGAAUAGGCACCAACAGACUUGCAGGGUUCGGCUCAGCGCAGCCAUUGCUCUCCCAGGCUACUCAUCUGCUCCCACCCGAGUGCUGGCAGAGGGAUGGGGCUGCUCCUGAAGGUUCUCAUCCCCUUGCUGGGGCUGGGGCUGGCCGUGUAUUUUUACUCAGGACCUGGGAAUUUCAGCGAAGAGAUGCUCCGUGGGAAGAGAGUGAUCGUGACAGGAGCCAGCAGUGGCAUUGGGGAGCAGAUGGCGUAUCACCUGGCACGAAUGGGGGCCCAUGUGCUGCUCACAGCGCGGACGGAGUCCAAGCUGCAGAAGGUAGUGGAGAAGUGUUUGGAUCUGGGUGCUGCAUCUGCCCGCUACGUGAGUGGCUCCAUGGAAAGCACAGCCUUUGCUGAGGAGGUGGUGAAAGAGGCUGAGAACACCUGGGGAGGCCUUGACAUGCUCAUCCUGAACCACAUUGGCCACAGCUUUUUUGAUUUCUUCAAUGGGGACGUGGAUCACGUGCGGAAGCUCAUGGAGACCAACUUCCUCAGCUAUGUGGCCAUGACCACAUCUGCCCUGCCUAUGCUGAAAGAGAGUGAGGGCAGCAUCGUGGUGGUCUCAUCUGUUUCAGGUAAAGUUGCCUCCCCCUUCACUGCUCCCUACUCUGCGACUAAGUUUGCCUUGGAAGGAUUUUACAGCUCCUUGAGGCACGAAUUCAUCAUAGAAAACGUCAACGUUUCCAUCACGCUCUGCAUCCUGGGCUAUAUUAACACAGAGAGCGCGGUGCGGGCGGUCUCACACGUCAUUAAUGAAACACCAGCACCCAAAGAGGAGUGUGCACUGGAGAUCAUCCGGAGCGGGGCCCUGCGGCAGCGUGAGCUGCACUACCCUGCCAGAACUGUGACCCCAACGCUGCUGCUGCGGGACCUUGCCCCCGAGUUUCUGGACGGCCUCAUCAGGAGCAACUUCCGAGUGGAAAAUAUCAAGAAAGCACCAGCAGCCCAGGGCUCGGGGCAUUAGCACAGCUCUGAGUGGCCAAUACUUCCCCAUGGGCAGCGGUGCCUCCAACAAAGCCCACCGUGGAGCAGUGCUGGGGACAUUUCUGAAAGCAGCGUGGCUGGGAACUGCCUGCACAACAUGGGGCACUUGGAGCCCACAACACAACACAAAAAUGACUUUUAUUUAUGCUGCCUGCAAAUGGCUCCUCACAAUUAAGAGGAGCAGGCAGUGGGGGGCACCAGAAGGGCUCUAAAAGGCCAGAAUUAGGAGUGGGCUGGGGGAUGCAGGCAGCAUCCAGACCCCAGCUGCUCCAUCUCACCCACAUCCCUCCCAAAGGAGGAGUUAGUCAAAAGGUUAUGGAUAUGGAAGGCAUCGGACCUGUAGAGAACAGCCCCCAUGAACCACCCAGCAAAAGCAAACAGAGGGUCCUCAUACUACAAUGUUAUUUCCCUGUACUCUUACUUCCGAGCAGUAAAUCCUAUAUUACUUUGUGA